GUCCCUAUCAGAUCCGGGCUGAAGUACGAUCGCUCCGGCCCGGUGCCUGUCAUCCUCGUACCUCAGCCAAGUGAUGACCCUAACGAUCCUUUAAAUUGGCCAUUAUGGAAGCGGGAUCUCAUCCUCACAGUGCUAUCUUUCGUUUCAGUCCUCUGCACAGCAACUGGCCCCAUCAUGGCUGCCUAUGCGUUGACAAUAACCUACUAUUACGAAAGAAACCUUACGGCCGUCGCGAUUCUUACGGGUUACCAGCUGUGCGGCGCAGGAGUGGCAGGAGUCUUAAUUGUGCCCACUGCCCGAGUCUGGGGCAAGCGCCAUCUUUAUAUACUGGGGAAUAUCCUCAUGAUUGCCAGCACGGCAUGGGCAGGGGCAAGUGGUCACAAUUAUGAGAGUCUCCUAUGGUCUCGUGUGAUCCAGGGCGUGGCAUUGGCUCCGUUCGAGGCUCUCGUGAACGCUAGCGUGGGCGACCUGUACUUCGUGCAUGAACGUGGUAAAAGGAUGGCUUUCUCCAACGUCGCUCUGUUCGGUGGCAGUUUCUUGACUCCAGUCGUUGCGGGUAAAAUCGCUGCCACCAUGAGUUGGCAAUGGACUUUUUACUUCGUCGCCAUCUUCGCGGGAGCUGCGCUACCAUUGACAUUCUUUCUCGUUCCCGAAACCGCCUUCAGACGUCCUGACCACUUGAAUACGGACUUUCAAGGAGAUGAUGAGCGCAGUGGUGCUCAACCGCCUCUCGUUGACAGGAAUGACAGCACCAAUAAUCCAUCGAUGGAUUACUCAGAGCCUCCUGAAUGCGAAGAGAAGGAAGCAAGGUCAGGUUCUGCUGAAAGAUCUAGAGAACAGUUCAACGGAGCAGAAAGAGUGGUACCGCCACGAGACUCGUACCUCAAGACAUUGAGGUUAUUCAAUGGACGGAAAACCGAUGAGAAUUUCUUCAAGCUUCUGCUGCGGCCUUUUCCUCUUUUCUUACAUCCUGGCAUCCUUUGGGCGUGUUUAAUCCAGGGAGUUCUAAUCGGAUGGACGGUCUUUAUUGGCGUGGUUCUUGCUGCUAUCUUCAUGGGACCGCCUCUCUGGUUUGAUUCUGUCAAGACGGGUUAUCUAUACACCGGUGCUUUCAUUGGGUCUAUCGUCGGCUUGGUACUGUCUGGUCUGCUCUCCGAUUCGAUAAACAAAGUUAUGAUCAAACUCAAUCAGGGGAAAUACGAACCAGAGUUCCGUCUCCUUCUUGUCUUCUUCCAGCUCCUGUUUGCCGGUACCGGAUUGUAUGGAUUCGGUAUCACCGCGAGCGACGUUGGGAAAUGGGGAUGGCUGAUUCCGGAUGUGUUUCUCAUGUUUGUGAUCAUUGGAAUGGUCAUGGGUGCUGUUGCCAGUGCUCUUUACAUUGUCGACGCCCAUCGUCAAAUUGCCGUCGAGGCUUUCACCUGCCUACUGAUUUUCAAAAACAUGUUCAGUUUUGUCCUGACCUUUUUCGCGUAUGAGUGGCUAGUCAAGAAUGGCGUCAAACCCGCCUUCUUGGCCAUCGGCAGUAUUCAGAUUGUAGUCUGCCUGCUGAGCGUUCCGAUGUACAUAUUUGGAAAACGAAACCGAUCGUUCUUCGCACGACAUGACCUGUUGAAGAUGUUACAUCUUUGGUGAUUAACUAAUUCUUGAUACUUACGGUUACUUUGACAGAUUUGAACGUCGAAUGCAGGUCUGCGAAUCAUAGAAUCUGGAUUCGUCUAAAGCUUCUCGUUUCGCAUAUAAUACGUAUUUCUUUCUCUGUGCACACGAAUUCGGCCCUUACAGUGAAUGCAAUAUGCAAUCUAAUAAUG